UUAUAAAAUGUGAUAAAAUUUUUAGAUGACUAAAGCCUUGGAAGAUCUCAUUAACAAAAAAGGAUCAGAAUACAAACAAAAAUUGUUAGACUUGAUUGACCGAUUCUUGGGAAAAGAUGGCCAAUUUGCUGAGCAACACUCCCUCGGAGACAGCAGAAGAUCUGUUCAAGAUGCAGAGAUUCAACAGAUUGAAUUCAACCUCAAGGAUCUUUUCAGAAAGCUGAAGAAAGAGCUCUUAGAAACCAUUGAUAAAGAAAAAGUUAAGGCCAUGAUUGAGAAGCUCUUUGGAAAAGGAAGUGACGUAAGUAUUUUUUAUUUACUUUUUAUGAUAAAAUUAAAUAUCUUUUCAAUAUUUUUAAUCUUCCAUGCAAUAUGCCAUCAAUUAUUAUACGAAAGAAAAUAAUAUUUUUAUUUCUUG